CUUCUAUUUCUUUUAAAACCAUUGUUUUCUCCUCUUUACACUGUGAGAGAGAACUUGUGGCAGGCCAAGAAGUCUAGAAAGAACCAGGCGGAAGGGGGUCCUUGAGUCACAAUAACGACAGGCCGUUUAGUUUGUCUGCUGCAUCUUGAACUAAUACCAUUAAAACGACGCCGAGCCUCAGAAAAAUAAAAAAAAAAAUAAAAAAUAAAAAAUAAAAAGAGAAGAAGAAGAAGAAGAAGAAGCAGAAGAAGAAGAAGAAGAGAGCGAAAUGUUGCUUUCCCUUAAAAGCUGAGGUAGCCGCACACAACACACCUCCUCCGCUUCCUAUAGCCUUCUCUCUUCAAGGCCACCCCACAAACAGUCGCCUUCUCCUCUUUCGUUCGCGGACUUGCGUACUACACAGCAUAAAGGCGUUCUCAACCAUAAAGCCAGGAACUUUAAAGCUAGCAACCAACUUUGGCGGGAAAAAAAGAAAGCAAAGGGUUACUCUGUUUCUUUAGCUCUUACUUGAACGUUAUUGCAAUUCCUUUUCAUGCAAUCGACGUUAUACUCACCCGCCAAUUCUCGUCAAUUCCAUUUUCCAUGGAAUGCUCAGCAAUUCCACUUUAUCCCUAGGAAACCCAUCUCCAAGAAACUCGAAUUAUCCUCUUCCAGAACCCUAACUCUCGCCGCUUCACUCAGAACCUCCAUCAAUUACGAACCUGAAAGAGGUCUCGACGAGGGGCCGGGACCUAACUUGCCCGUGCGCCUACCGGUGGUGAUUAGGCACUCCGGUCGGGUCUCCAGGUAUAUGUGGGAUGGGAGCAGCUUGAAAUUGGUGAGUGUUGAUGGCGGUGCAUUGUCUUUGUGUCUUGACUUCGAGGAUGGGUUUCGUAAAUUGUUUCGGGUUUCCAGUUUGGCUGUUAGGAAUUUCUUUAUUCCCAAGCAAGUCCCUGAUAAUUACAUGGAUUAUGUGAAAUGGAAGCUCUUGCACCGCGUUUUUAGCUCCGCUUUACAGGUUCUUGCUACUCAGGCCAUGUUUCGGGCUAUAGGCAUUGGGUAUUCUCGUUCGCUACCAUCAGCAGCUGCUCUUAACUGGGUCUUGAAGGAUGGACUUGGACGGCUGAGUAGGUGCAUCUACACUGCUAGCUUGGCAUCUGCCUUUGAUACCAAUUUGAAGAGAGUUAGGUUCUCAACCUCAGUUCUCUUCAGUUUAAGCAUUGGAGUGGAGCUGCUGACUCCUGCAUUUCCUCGGCAGUUCUUGCUUCUUGCAACUAUAGCCAACAUUGCUAAACAAAUAAGUCUGGCAUGUUACUUGGCGACUGGUUCUGCUAUUCAUAGAAGCUUUGCACUAGCAGAUAAUCUGGGUGAAGUUUCAGCAAAAGCACAGAUACAAACGGUAUGCUUUGAUAAUCUUGGCCUCAUGAUUGCUGCACUUUUGAAUAUGCUGUUCAAGAACAAUCAAAGAUUGCUUGCAGGAUUGCCUUUUGUUGUUUACCCUAUUUUCUCAGCUAUAGACCUUUUUGGAAUAUAUCAAGGGCUUAAGCAUGUCCAUCUACAAACAUUAACUAAGGAUAGGCUUGAAAUCAUCCUAAAUUCAUGGAUUGAGUUAGGAUGUGUGCCUUCACCUGCAGAUGUGAGUAAAAAAGAAGGAAUUGAUUUUCUGCAGAGCAAAGGCAAAGAACUAUGGCCCAUUAGAAUUGGGUGCAUAAAGACCAAGGAUCAGAUACCCAAGUUGUCAAUGAUGGCAAUGCAGUCUUUAAGCACCGACGAUUUCUAUUUCAUAUGCAUGGAGAACUCUCACAGAGGGUUGACAAGAUCUAAGCAACAAGGUAUUCUUCUAUGUCUACGUGAGGGUGCAGGCACUGCAGAUGUUAUGAUGGGUUUGUUACAGGCCUGCUACAUUCGGAAGGCCCUGCUUUUUAGUGGGUGGGAGACUAUUUCAGAGACUAAUGAGCCAGAAGGCUCAGUUCUGAAGGAGUGGACUAAAUUGAUUGAGGAUAGCAAGCGAGCAGCAGAAAGGGUUUUGUCCCCAUUAGAUGAUCAAAUGCUGGCACUGGGUUGGGCUGCGAAGAACAUAUUACUGACAACUGAGGAGCAGGCUAGAUACAGUUUUGUAGAUGAUUGAGCAAUCAAACAUCUGGGUAUACUACUGUAAUGUUAUAGGCGGCUCUGCCGCAGACCACAGGAGAGUUUUAGAGAUUAUUUUUAUUUUUAGUUUUACUCAAAAAGAAAGGAAAAAAAUUGCAUGUGUAAUUUAUCGGAUCUGUCUCUACUUGUAUCAAUACUAAGCAGCCAAAUGAAGACGAAAUGCAGGAUUAUUCAAAGUUCAUUUUUCUUUA